CCAGGUCUCCGUAUCGCUUGCAUCACAAUCAGGAAGGUGAAAUCGGAGAUGUGUGGGACGACAGAUCGUGUUACGAGGCCAAUCGUGUUGCGAUGGUUUGUAAGUUGAACUCUGUUGGUAUUGCAGGAAUUGAUGUCGGCCAUUCAAUGACGUGUUGGAUUUUGUGGGAGGUUUUGUGACGAGGUUGUAAAGGGAGAAAGUAGGGCUAGGAUCGGUAAGCGGGGAGGCGGGGCAGGAAGUUGGAGGAGCGAUGGCGGGGCUUCUGGCAUGGGCCGCGGAUGUGGUGGUAGGGAAUGGGAGCGAAUCGGCCGAUCGCACUCUUCAUUUCACGCCGCAGCAACGGCAAGCGGUCAGUGCGCUCGACGCUCGGGCCGCAGCUUUGCAGCACAGCCUGCAAUUGCUGCGUCAGCGCAUGCCGCCCUCUAACAUCGCGCAGCGAUUGCCUCAUCUGCAUGCGGAUUCACUUGCUUCGCAUUCCGCAUUGGCCCUCGAGAAGCAUGCCCACUCUGCUACGCUCAAUCAGUUGCAAGCUCGAGAGGCAUCCUUACAGGCUGAAAAUGAAAACUAUGCGAAAGCAUUAGCGGCCAGGCAGCAGCAUGCCCGUGAAAAGGCUCAAGAAACUUUACAGUUGGCGGCCACUCUUGAGGAAAUAGAGGCUACUGAAGUGAAGUUAAGAGCAGAUCUGGAGCGAUUACAAAAGGCCGUUGCACUGAGAGAUGGUCUUGCUUCCUCAGCAGUCUCAACUGAUAAGAAGGGACUACAAGAUGAUAGCAAACGCUCUGAUUUUUCAGCCAUACAAGAUGUGUCUACACUUGAAGAACAGGAGUUGCAAUCAAUCAAAUUAGAGCUGGCUAGGUGGGAAGGUAAAGUAAUCAGGCUCGAGAAGGAAUGGGAAGCUCUGCAACACAACACAUCAAGAACGCCCUCUCCAGCUCAACGCGAGAAGGAGCUUGAGCGCCGGUUAAGGACCCUGACUGAGCAGCUGGUAACCAAGCAGGCCCAAGCAGAGUCACUUGCGAAUGAAAGAAAUGCACUGGAACUCCGCCUCGUGCAAGCCAAUGAAGCACGUCAGAAUUUACUCUCUGGCAACGGGGACCUUGACUUUAAGAGGAAUAAGAUAGGCCGGUCAUCAUCAGGAUUGUCGUCGCAAACUGCUACGUUGGCGUUAGAGAUUGCUUCACAGCGGUCAGCAGUGAUCCGUCAGAGGGGUGCAAAGGUCACGGAAAAUGUAGCUCGAGUUGCCAGAACUGUGGAUGCUUUCAGCAUGCAUGCUGGGAGUCAGUUGAGGAGAAGCAUGCUCAUGCGCACCUUAACGGUUUGUUAUGUACUCGGUCUUCAUGUUGUUGUGCUUCUGAUUCUUUCAUCUGUGGGUCUGGGACGCCUUCAUUAGCUCUAAACCCCCAUUUACUCGUAGGAACCCAUCGUGUCUUUUACUCAGAAACCGCAGUAGAUACAUGGCUAUGCUGUAAUUAUUUGUUUUAUCACAACCUUUUUGGAAUGGACAAUGAUUUCAUGUUCAGGAAAUGUUCGAUAUUGCAUUGGACCUCCAGUGUAGUCGAAUGAAGGUAUCAAACAUACAAUGAGCAAACUAUAUAUCGAAUGGGCAUUUGUAUUGGGGAAAUUCUUAUCUUUUGUUUAUAAAGUGCCUCUUUUAAUGCAA